AUGGCAGGGUGGCUGCCCUUGCUGCUCUGUAUUUUCUUCUCGGUCGGACUCAGCACGCGGCAGCUCGCCCUCGCCGGCGCCGCCUCCAGCUCCAGCUCCAAGAUAGUGACCAGCCUCCCUGGGUUCCCCGGCCGCCUUCCCUUCCACCUCGAGACAGGGUACGCAUUUCUCCACUGUCUUCUUUGUUUGGUUAGUUUUCUACGCACCAAGACGUACGGUUCCCUGCGUAUGGUAGCCAGGAGGUAUGUGGAGGUGGACGAGGACAACGGCGCCGAGCUGUUUUACUACUUCGUGGAGUCCGAGGCCGGCGGCGAGAAUGCCCCUCUCCUUCUCUGGCUCACCGGCGGCGACCACUGCUCCGUGCUCAGCGGCCUCGCCUUGGAGAUCGGUCCGUUCCAAUUCGUCGCAGAGCCUUACAAUGGCACUGUGCCUAGCCUGGAAAUCAAUCCUUUCUCAUGGACGAAGGUUCAUUCAUGUGUUGACAAUGAUCUUCUACAGGUGGCAAAUAUCCUAUUUGUGGAUACACCGGUUGGGGCAGGGUUUUCCUUUUCUAGAAAACCCGAAGGCUACAAUGUUGGGGAAAUAUCUACCUCAUUGCAGCUCCAUGAACUACUCAUCAAGUGGUCCAUUGACCAUCCCAAGUUCCUCGCAAGGCCCCUCUACAUCGGGGGAGACUCAUAUGCUGGAAAAAUUGUACCUUUUAUAGCUCAGAAGAUUUCAGAAGGUAUCGAAGCUGGAAGGAGCCCCAUCCUUAAUCUUAAGGGCUAUCUGGUAGGCAACCCGCUGACCGGGGAAACCAUUGAUAUAAGCUACAGAGUGCCAUACGCUCACGGAUUCGGUAUAAUAUCCGAUCAACUAUACGAGACGAUAUCUGGGCAUUGCCGAGGUGAAGACUACAACAGCCCUAGAAAUGUAUUAUGUGCUCAAGCUCUGGGCACUUUCAACGAUCUCCUCUCCCAAGUUAUGACCGCCCAGAUUUUGCUGGACAGAUGCGCUUAUGCAUCUAGCAGACCAACAGAAAAAUCAGGUGGUUCUGCUCGAAAGAUCCUAAGCGAGGAAGCUGGAAUCUUAAAGGGGAAACAAUUGAAAAAUCCAACACCACGUGUGCCACUUGGCUGUAUUAGCUACACCGCUUACCUGUCAUAUUACUGGGCAAACGACGAGCUGACCCGAGAAGCCCUGGGAAUCCACAAGGGGACCGUGGACGAGUGGGUGAGGUGCCAAAGCGGCAACAUGCCGUUCACCAGAGACAUCAAGAGCAGCAUCAAGUACCACCGGAAUGUCACGGCCAACGGCUACCGCGCGCUGGUCUACAGCGGUGAUCAUGAUGCAAUUGUGCCGCACCUGGGGACGCAGGCAUGGGUGAGGUCGCUCGGCUUCCCCGUUGUCGAUGACUGGAGGGCAUGGCAUCUCCAUGGCCAGUCCGCUGGAUUCACUAUAAGUUAUGCUAACAACAUGACAUUCACGACGAUAAAGGGAGCUGGACAUACUGCCCCUCAGUACGAGCCCGAGAGGUGCUUCGCCAUGUUCAGCCGUUGGAUAGUGGAUCAUCCACUGUAGGCCACAGUAUUCUACGUUAUCUAGUAGCUACACACAAGUAUCUGUUCCAUCUAUUAUGUACCAGUACCACCGUUUGUCUCGAUGUCUUUCUUCACAUUGAUGAUGGUUGGAGAUUUUAAUCUCCUUAGAUCCCCACAAGACAGGA